AUGCGGGCCGCGCUCGCCGCGCUCGCGGCCUGCUGCGUGGUAGCGCGCGCUGAGGUGCCCUCCGCGCGUCUCGCCCCGCGCAACACCACCACACAUCAUGUCCUCCAGUGCAGCGAAGGAGUCGUCCUUCCUGUCUGGCUCCCCCUCGAAGAUGUUCCGACCCUUGACAUUGCGAUCCGCGGGACCGUAUACUUCUUGUCGCUGCUGUACCUUUUCAUCGGCGUAUCCAUCGUCUCAGACAGGUUCAUGGCCGCUAUCGAGGUCAUUACGUCCAGGGAAAAAGAGGUGCGCGUACGGCGAAAUGGAAGCGAUCAAAUUAUUGUUGUACGAGUUUGGAACGAGACAGUUGCCAAUUUGACGCUAAUGGCAUUAGGAUCGAGUGCACCUGAGAUUUUACUGUCUGUCAUUGAAAUAGCGGGAAAAAACUUUGAGGCUGGUGACCUGGGCCCCGGUACAAUCGUGGGGUCUGCUGCUUAUAAUUUAUUCGUAAUAAUUGCGAUUUGCGUAUUUGUUAUUCCCGAUGGCGAAGUGCGUAAGAUAAAGCAUCUUAGGGUAUUUCUGGUCACGGCGACUUGGUCUGUUUUUGCCUACGUAUGGUUGUACUUGAUUCUGGCUGUUAUUUCACCGAGCGAAGUAGAAGUAUGGGAAGGUGCCGUCACGUUUCUAUUCUUCCCGGCAACGGUGUUAACGGCUUACAUAGCUGACCGAAGGCUUUUGGUUUAUAAGUACUUGAAAAAGGGCUAUCGUGUGAAUGAACGUGGCGUGAUCGUAGAAGUAGAGGGUGAUGGAUCUGUUGAAAUGGCCCUUAAACCAUGCGAAUUCGGUGAUGAUGAAGAGGGCCGUGAAUUAGAAAAAUCACGCAAAGAAUACGUUACAGUUCUGCGAGAUUUAAGAAAACAGCACCCUGAAGAGGAUUUAGAAACGGUUGAAAGAAUGGCUUUAGAAAGUUUGAUGGCCAAAGGGCCGAAAUCACGUGCUUUUUACAGAGUAGCAGCGACAAGAAAAAUGACCGGUGGUGGAGACUUUUCUCGAAAGAUAUCUGAAAGAGCGCAAAGUGACUUAAGCGAAGUAAAAGCAGAGAUACAGCGUCGGGAGUCGAGUUCUGUAACUGCGGAGCCUAGAGGGCCACACCUUCGUUUUGACCCAGAUCAUUAUACGGUUUUGGAGAACUGUGGAUCAUUCGAGGUCAGAGUAGUCCGCGGGGGAGAUUUAAGUGGAGAAGUGACCGUUCAAUAUACCACAGAAGAUGGCACAGCAGAGGCCGGAUCUGAUUAUGUAGCUGCACAAGGUUCACUUACGUUUGGACAUGGAGAAACUGAGAAAAAGUUUUCUGUCCAAGUCAUAGAUGACGACGUGUUUGAGGAAGACGAGCAUUUCUUUGUACGCCUCAAUACGCCAAAGGGCGCAUGUUUGGCAUCACCGUCUAUGGCUACUAUAGUGAUUUUGGACGAUGAUCAUUCCGGUGUGUUUUCGUUUUCCCAAAGAGACUAUGAGUUGACGGAGUCAGUUGGGACGUAUGAGUUGAAAGUGGUGAGGACGGCUGGGGCGAGAGGUCGAGUGCGUGUCCCGUACAAUACAGAAGAUGGUACGGCGAAGAGCGGUUCCCAGUAUGAAGCCUGUGAAGGACAUCUCAUCUUUGAAAACAAUGAAACUGAGUAA